AUGUUAAACAACAACGACAAUCUAUCGGAAGAAGAAAAUGCCUCUUCAACCUUCCAUUCCGUUCAUUCCCGAUAUUUAAAAUUUGAUACCAGCGUUGGAUCCUUCAUCAUAGAGCUCUACACUUCCCAUGCUCCGAUCACUUGCCAACAUUUUCAAGAACUUGCUCUCAAUGGAUAUUACAAUGAUACUCUUAUUCAUACGAUACAACCGAAUCAUGUUUUCAUUGGAGGUGAUCCAACCAACACGGGAAAAGGAGGAACACCUUUUGAUGGAUAUUUAAGUGAACUUGUUACAAGCAGACUCAAACAUACAGGAGCUGGAAUAAUCGGCAUGUGUGAAAAUUCACAAUUUUAUGUUACAUUAGCACCAACUCCAUGGAAUGAUGGAAAAUAUGGUGUAUUUGGUCGUGUUAAAAAAGGUAUGAAUGUGAUUAAAGCUAUCAGUAAAAUUCCAACUGGAAGCAAGCAACAUACGAUGGGAGGAAACGUCGAAGAAGAAGGUACCACUCCUUUGGAAGAUAUUAUGAUUCAUAGCAUUGUGGAAGUGAAUGAAGAAGAAAUUAAUUGA